AGACCGGCCCAUUAACACGUUCUCGAAUGGCCUAAAAAUCCACCCCAUCAUGUGCUCCCCCGUCCUCCUCCUACGCCCCCACCGACAGCCUCCUCCCGUGGCCUCGCCGCCGGCCUCCUCCCGUGGCCCUGUCGCCGGCCUCCUCCCGCGGAUGCGCCGCCGGCCUCAUUCCGCGCAAUCCGCCAUGCGCGCAGCCCCCUGUGCCUCCACAAACGCCGUCGCUCAUGGCGGCUGUCAUCCGCCUCCACCAGCAUGUCGACCACCACGCCCCCUCUUCCCACGUGCCUCCGCCAUGACCUCUCCUCCCCGAUGCUCCCCGCGCGUGGCCGCCAAGUCCUGUCCUCGACGGAUCCGGCCAACCACUCGCCGCCGGCCGCGGAUCCCGCGCACACGCAUCCGGCCGCAGAUCAUUGCCCCCACCACGGCGUUCCCUCUGCACCACCUCGGGUCAUUCCCCUACUACCUCGCCUCCCUCGCGUCGCCCGCAACCUCCGCGCUCGCCGUUCACACCGACCUUCGUAUGAUGCCGCUACCCACUGCUACCCCGCGCGCUGGCGACCUCUAACCACCAUGCGUAGCCAUGGCUCACUUCCUGGCAGUAGACGUGCAUCUGCCAUGGCAGUGCUCUGCACAUCCACAGUUGUUGGUAACUAUGCGCCCCUACGUGACCUUCAUUGGGUGCUAGCCGUGGCCUUCAUCGCGUGCAUCAGACCACAGAUCAGAAGUUCAGGUUGUUCUGGUAGCGCGGGCGAACAUGCACCAUCCACUCUACUGUGCGUGAGAAGGCAGAUGGGUAAGUGGCCUAGGCAGAGAUUGAGAUGCACUGAACUUCUUUGACUAGGUCAUGGUGGAGCAGCCCCUGCUCUAGUUCUAUCAUCGGCUCGGCAUGUUCUUGGUGGAAUUGGUCAACAGGAAACAACAGGUUGGCUUGUACGCAGCUAAUGAUAGUUCAGUUACAGGGUAAACAACAGGUCGGCUUGUACACGGCCUACUAAUAGAGUAAAAUUGUUGCUGCUGCUGCGUUAAAGAUGGCCCCAAAUGAAGCACGAUCUAGCUGAUGUACUACUUGUUCUACUGUACAUUGUACCUUUUGUUUGGUGGAUGGGCUACUGUUUUGCUAGCUUUGGGCAUCGGCUGCUACAUCACAUGGAGCCAUGGAAAAGAAAAAUGGAUAAGAGAGAGAUGAUGUGGUGGUUAGAAAAUACAAAUAGGAGAGGACAAGAGCAACCUUGUGGUGGAAAACACCCAACAUUCGCACCUUUAGAAAGAUGGACAUGAAAAAACAAUGCUGACA